AUGUCCCUCGACUUGGAAAAGCAUCUAACCUUUUAUGGUGCCUAUCACCAUAAUUCGGUCAACAUUGCCAUUCACAUGUGCUGUGUGCCUCUCAUCCUCUACUCAGGUUUCUUGCUGGCCACCAACACGGGGACUCUCAUCCCGCUGCCAUCUUGGUUGACCGCUCCGUACCUGGAACUCAACCUCGGCACCCUCGCCGCCAUCACCUGGGGUGCGCUUUAUGUGCUCCUUGAGCCUGUUGCCGGCACAUUGCUUGCCAUCAUCGGCCUCGCUGUGACCGCCUAUGGCAACUCUCUGAGGAUCGAAAACCCGACGACCACGAAUCAGGCUGCGCUGAUCACCCACGUUGUCUGCUGGAUCUUCCAGUUCAUCGGCCACGGUGCUUUCGAGAAGCGCGCUCCCGCGCUGCUCGAUAAUCUUAUCCAGGCCAUCUUCCUAGCGCCCCUUUUUGUCUGGCUCGAGUUUCUGUUCUUGUUGGGAUAUCGACAGGAGCUCAAGGCUCGCGUCGACAAGGCCGUCGAGAAGGAGAUUGCCAAGUUCAAAGCCGCUCAGGCUGUUGAUGACAAGAGCGGCAAGGCCCAGUAA